AUGGCUGCAGCAAUAGAUGUAGGAUUGAAGAGACCAGGUCAUCGUUCAAAACCUGAAAAUAAAGAGCUUCAAGCUGUUAAGAAUAAAGCUAAGAGCAACCGAGUUCACGAUUUAAUUUAUGUGAUGCUUCAGCAAAACCCUGAUACAGAAUCUGGGAUUCAACAGGCUAUGAAGCUGCUUCCUAAAUCGAAUGAAGAUUUAUUCCGAAUCACGGAGACGAUAGACGAGAAACAGUUUGAAGAACGCGCGGCUUAUAACAAGUUAUACAGCUUAGAAUAUGAAGAGAGAGGAUUUAGAAGUAAGUGGAGCAUUGCAGGGAAGAGAAUGGCUGCUCUAAAACGGGACCUCGACAAGCUCACUUUUGCUAAUAAUGCUUAUAAGGAUAGAUCUAUCAGCACACAAGACAAGUUGAAUCUCCAUAACUUGCAUUUCCAUAUGCAUCAUGGAACUGAUAACAUGGCCAAGGAGAAGAAGCUCUUGAAAGAGGUGAAUGCCUGCGAAAAGAUAUCAAAUGAUGACGACGAUACGAGUCCGUCAGUUGUCGAAGAGAUUAACAAUCGAAUAUGGAGAUUGAAGAUGGACAUUGGUAGGAACUAUUUCAUCCCAAGACCAGCAAUAAUGGCUGAUGAAAAGAAAGUUAUUGAAGAGAUUAAUGAGCUUAAAUGGGAGAGAGAUAAAGCCUUUGCUAAUGCUCCUGUAAAGGGAAAGAUUUGGAAUUCUUUGCCUCCCAAAAAUGUCAUCAAACAACAAACCAAGGAAAUGGAAGAGUCUUUGGAUGAUGAAUACAGGAAGAAACAUAUGCAGGUGAGAGGUGAAAUAGAAGUGGUGAGGAGACAAAUCAAUGGUAUAAAGAAGAACAUAGCUUCUCUGAGGAGGCAAUUGUUAGAUGUUCGUACGAGACAGGGGGCAGCUAACAAUUUUAUCUUAGAAGUUGGCAAAAUAAGACAUGCACAAGAGACUAGAUUUAUCUGACAGCAGGAAAGUUGCUGUUUUUCAUGGGGGUCCUGUUUCUUUCAUUUUACACCAUUUACAUCAGGUAUUAUCAUCAGCAAAGUAGUGAUUCAUCAGAGAAACACUGUUCAUCUUAUAAUGAUAGAUAUCUCGUCUCCGUUCAUGGCCGACGGGAUCGCUUUGGUCGGAAGAUGGUUCCUACCAAGAAACAACCUUUCAUGGUUGG